AUUAAAAAUCAGUUCCAAAAAAAAGUAAGUUUAUAUGAAAUAUUCAGUUCCUGUAUUCAGUUAUAUUUUAUUUUUCAUGCUCAUAAUUUUGGUUUCAGAGACCUUCGUGUAUUUCCUGCUGAAGAAAAAAGGACUGCAAAAUUAUACCAGGAAGCGAGAAAAAAUCUGUCACGAGAAAGUUCAGAAGAACAUGAAGACUGCCUGUCUGCAGAAGAAUCUUCCCCUAAAACUGUACCUGUCUUGUGUGAGAACAUCAAUGAUCUUAAUGAAGAUAUCCUCUUAAUGAUCUUCUCUUACUUGGAGAUUAAGGACAGAAUAAGAUUUGAAAGAGUAUGUAAGAAAUGGAAAACACUGCUGUCCAGAGUGUGGCACACCCAAGAAACACUUCAUUUUCAUAAUGUGUUUUCAGUCUUCAGAGGAUCACCUCUGACAACUCAGAUCCUGAAGUCACUUUUGAGACGCUGUGGUCCAGGACUGAAAACAUUAGAUCUCAGUACUGCUUCCCAUCAGUUAGAUUUUCAGGUCACAGAAAUUCUUGGCCAGUUCUCUCCAAAUUUGGAAUCAAUAAAUCUAUCAGGUAUUGACCUUACCAAUGUGUCCUUACAACAGAUGUCUCAGAAAUGUCGUAAUCUCAAGAUGGUGGUGCUACAAAGAUGCUUGAACAUUGGAGAAAAGGGCGUAUGGUGGCUCUUUAACCUCUGUAAAGACCUGGAAUAUGUGGAUCUUUCAAGAAACAUGAAAAUAACAGGCCAGUGUUUCCAUAUUGCUGGCCCGCACCUCAGGAGGGUUGUACUAAAUGCUUGUUCACAGUUAAGUCCUGCAGGAGUUGGAAAGAUUGCCAUCAAAUGUCCCCAGUUAAGGGCUUUAUACCUCAACGACUGCUCUCAAAUUACUGACCAGGCAGUUGUAACAUUAUGUAAGAAUCUCCCGGAACUUCAGGUUUUACAUCUUGGUGGUGUGUUUAUACAAUUGUCAGCUUCUGGUUUAUGUCAUAUUGGAAGGCUUCAAAAUUUGGAAGAGCUCUCUCUAUCUCACAAUGCUGUUGUAAAUGAUGAUGUCAUUGAUGCUGUCAGCCAUGGUUGUGAAAAGCUUAGAUACUUGGACAUUUCUGGUUGUAAUGAGGGAGUAACAGACUUAUCUUUGGAGUCUCUUUCUACAAGUCUACAGCUGAGGACAUUGUACAUUAGCUACUGUGGAAAG